UUGUCAUUGGUGCUCGUCAGUCGCAAAUAUUACAAUGAUUGGGAAUUCUGUCACCUUUAUGUGUUAAAUGUAUGACAUACUUAAUUAACCAUGGAUACCUUAACGAUAAGGCGUGUUGCGGUUCAGUGUAGCUGUGGAAAUCUUCCCAUCACUCUGAAUAUGGGUCUGUAGGGUGGCCGGAAAUGACUUUGACUGGCUUAGAGAAAUCACAUCUGACCUGUGAAUCAGGAGGAUGAAUCCGCGAGCGUCGGUGAUAUAACUGCACACUUUCACCGCCGGAGACAUUGAUGUGAGGGGACUGACAGCUAUACACGAGAACAACAGAGUCCCUUAAAUGAUGUUAUCCAAUCCUCUGGCUGACCAGAAAGGGACCGAGCAGGUACCUGCAUCUGCUGCUGGUCCGUGCCAGCGUGCUCCACAGUCCACACUAUAUCAGGAGCAACUGGCCACAGGAUGCCGAGAAACCAGCAAGGAAAUGAGUGAAUCUGGUGGCAGACCAGUGCCCUCAGUCUUUGAGAAAGCCAUGAGGGAAGUUCAUCCGGAGACUGACGGAACGAUGUUUGAUCUGAAAGGCUGUACCUUUGGACUCAACCCUAGUUCAGCUCACAUGCACAUGUAUACUCACGCAGAGGAAGAGAGCAAGGUAAGGGGUCCAGGACCAUGGACAUCUACCAACUUCAGUUCAGCUCCUUCAAAUGGCCCAUCAAGAGAUCAACUUGGAGUUCUAGAACGAUUUCUUGUGUCCCACCAAACUGAGAUGAAACGUCUGCUGACAGAUACUCUCGGCUCUUUGACCCAGCGUCUUGAGGCAAUGGAGAAGAGGAUGGACCAGCUGUGUUCACAAAGCAGUGCCUAUACCCGCAGUUUAGCCCAGCUUCACAGUAAAGUUGGCCAACUGGGCAGAGACUUGUCCUCUAGCUGUCUGAGUGCAAGCAGUGUUUUACCAGCUUGCAGUCUUGGAGAGGACACAAAAAUGCCGAAAGACAACGAAGGAAUCAUCUCAAAUAUUUCCUCUUCUAGGCCACUUUAUAGUGGACUGUUCCCUGAGGCCAAGAAGGACCCUAUGUAUUCAUGGGCAAUAUCGACUCCUUCCCAGUCCAGGCAAAGUCCUUCCCAUAAGCCUGAGGAGCCAAGCUGUCUGGGUCUAAGUGGGAAUUGCAGAGGUUUCAGUUCAUCAUUUGGAAUGCUGAAUACUAGCCCUUCUGGAAAGACUGAGAAUUGUUUGGAGGGGAACUACUCACCUGUUUCAGACUUUGAAGAACUGGAGAUGGAACUGGAAGCCAAAAAGGACAGAGUUGCAUUAAGCUUAUUGGCUGAUUCUGUUUUCAGCACCUCAGAUGACAAUGACAGCUUGGAACUUCCUUUUAAACAGAAAGCUGAGUCCACUGAUAGUGUGGAGAAUGCUAUAUCCAACCAUAAUGUAGACGCCACUAAUCAGUUUUUACAUGUUUCUGCACAAUCCCAGGUGCCUUCCUUUAGCACUCAGUUUCUCACAUAUUCAUCUCCAAGUGGCUUGAGGUCAAAGAUGGAAAUGAAUCCUAUUUAUUCAUUUUCAAAAUCAUCAAAUCCUUCUGCAGCAUUGACAAAUUCCACAAAAGACAAGGGUGAAAAUAGUCAGCAGCAGUCCUUUAGUCAAAUGACCUUCGCUUUCCCCUCUAAACUGCUUGGAGCACAACCCAACCCUGAUAAACCCAAGGCUUCUUCAGUUCUCUUAGUAAAUUUUCAGACUUCUAAUAAGAAAGAGGAAGAGAGUAGGGAAAAGAACAGAAAUAAAAUGGUCGUAAAAGAUGAGAACCCACUGUCAACAAGUGUUUUUCUCUCUACUACUACCUCAUUGAGUAAUAGUCCUUCAGUCUUUGGGAGCAUCCCAACAUCAAGACAAAUUGAUGGACAGCCAGGGAGAAAUUAUGGAGAUUCUGCAGAUAGCACAAAGGUAGAUGGUAUGGGACAAAGUGAGCAAGUUAGGGAGCACACUAAAAUUGGUUGUCAGUUUUCAUACUCAAAAGAUAGCCCAUUAAAACUCCCUUUUCAAGGCUCAUCAAUCCUGCCAUACUGUGAACUCGCUUUACAGAACCAAUUGGUAAAACGUGUAGGUGACCCAAAAACACUGGGUUUGCUAUUACCGCAUCGAACACCCUCGAGUUGCCAACUCUUUGCUCCAAGAAAUGGGUCCUUAAAAGCAUUUAAUCUAGAACUCAAGUCUAACCAUGAUACUGAGAAACUGUUGAAUCAUCUCUCUGAAACUGCCCAUCGCUUGUUGUCCAGCAACUGUUCCACAAAGAACUUGGUACUGCAAGACAGAUUGACUGGUUAUAGUAGAAUUCGAUCCAAGCUCAAACACUAUGAUGGUAGGAAACAUCACCUUCCUGGAUUUCCUUCUGUUAAAGUAGGUGAAAUGCUUUCUUUGUCCUUUUAUGAGCAGGAGGAAAAAACAUCCAACCAUUGGCAGCCAAUUCUUGAGGACUCAGUCCCCAUCUCACCUCGGUUAACUCAGACAUUAGCUUAUCCAUCUCAUGCUUUACCUAUCAACCGGCUGCUGGAUAAAGACUCUGUGUGUUGUCCUAGCUUGUCUCAACUUUUUCGGCCCAUCACUCCACAUAUGUCUGUUUUAAACAAAGGGAGCUUCUCUGGAGCAGGUAUUAGUACUGUCCUGGCUUUAUAUUCUCCAACCUCCUUCAGACUGUGGUUUCGUCACAAACGACUCAACUUGCACAUGCAUUUGUCAUAUCCUGGUGUCCAUAUGGUUGUGAGUCGGAUUUUGGGACAGUGCAAGUCUCAUCCUUUCCGACCUCUGGUUGACUAUACAGCCCCUACAGGUUUUGACAACGAUCACCACUAUACACGACGAUCAAGUCAAGAAGCUACACCCAGCAGGAAAAGAGCUUCAGCACGGUGGCCAUAUCCCCCUGCAGCACAGAAAGCCUCAUCAACAUGUCAUCUACCAAAAAUUCGUCUCACACCAGAAAGGAGUCUGGAUCACCCCGCACGGCACAGCAUGAGCCCUAAAUCUCUGCGUUUGGAUGGAUCGCCCACUGAAUCUGUGCCCAGUUUUGCUAUUGCCAGUGCAAAUGUGAAAUACCCUGGUCUGCAUGGUCGAGGGGCAUCUAGAGAAAUGAACCAGGUGGGACUCUAUGAUACUAAUGCUGGAGCGAAACCAGGUCAGCGUUCCAAAAAGGUCUCCCAAAUUCGGAUUCGCAAGACAGUUCCCAAACCAGAUAACAACCUUACUCCAAUGGGACUUCCCAAACCAAAGAGGUUGAAGAAAAAGGAAUUCAGUUUGGAAGAGAUUUACACCAACAAGAAUUACAAGUCUCCAACCCCUAACAGAAGCCUGGAGACAAUAUUUGAAGAGCCAAAAGAGAAGAACGGUGCUCUGGUGUGCAUUGGUCAUCAGAAACGGAAGCGAGUUCUUGAUUUUCCCGAUUUUACACUGCCACGGAAGCACAAGGCUAAAACUAACCUGGGGCCACUACGUGUAAAGGGGCCACGUGGAAGGGCUCGUAGGGGUAGACAAGAUGACGCUGACCUUGACAUAAUGCUUAUCGAGAGGCUUACAGAACUGGAAGACUACUUUGCUCGCCAAGGCCUGGAGGUUUAAGCACAGUUUUUUCACAAAUCUUCAUUCUCAGUUCUUGUGAACCAGUUUUGGGUUACCAAAAAUGUUGGUAAUAAUCAAGUUGUCUACACAUGCAAAGAAUUGGAGCUUCACACAUCAUUGUUUACUUUAGAACAAUUAGCAAUAGAUGGAUGUUUUUCCUGUAGCAUUUACAGUUGAGACUUCAAAUUAAUGAAAUGCACUAACCUAAAAGACAUUUGAGCAAUGUGUUUGUGUGAGUGUGUACAUAAUACGAGCACACUAUAGUUAAACUUCACCGAAGCACUUUCUGUUUCCUCACAAUGUGAUUGCUGCAGCCUAGCUAUGUUACUCUCGCAUUCGCUAACCGUCGCUAAUCAAGAUGUUCCUUACCGUCAUUUUGAGCCUGUGUUUGAACAUGGUUUCAUGGUCUCAGAAAUAAGUUGGGUGCUCAUCAAAUCAGUAGCUUGGAACCAUUUUCCCUGUGUAUCUGAAAUGCUAAGGGACUUGCUGCCAAAAACAGCAAAAAAAAUUCUUUAUCUUCUUUUUAGUCAUCUUUUAAGGCACCUUGCCAUAUUUAGCAGUUCCUUGUGUUUUGUUUCUUUUGAAAAUCUUAAUUUAUUUCAUUUAUAUACAGUAUGUUAAACUUUGUGUUUUUGCAUUUGUUGUUCUUGGACUAUCAUGCUGAAAUUGGUUUUCUCUCAGCCUUAUCACCUUUUCAUUAAGUUAAAUUGAUCCGUUCCGGCUCUCCUGUUAUGAUUUUACAUUUAUCCCAUCCCAUGCCAUAUAGUGAAGAGAACAUGCAGUGCCUCUAACACAAUGUAAGCGAGUAAUUUUAUGUUUCUAUUUGGUGAAAAAUGGGACAAAACCACUUUGAUUUCAUGAGAAUACUUUAAGGGCAGAUUUAUUUAUCCAAUGCUGAGCUCAGUUUUGAGGUUUGAUAAAUGUUUGCAGUGAAUCUAUGCAUCUGUUUUGCAGGUGUAAUAUCUGGUUGACGUGAGUAAAGCAUUUUUAGACCCCCCACCACGUUUCUGUUCUGCUAAUAAAGAGAUGAGCUUGCCAGAUUGGACAUGGAUUGGCUUUAGUUUUAUCAUUCCAUUGUACUGCAUACUUUUUCCUAUUGUUUGAGAAUGCAAGCAAGGCCACAUAUUUUAUUUUGAUGUGGUCUGAAAGUAGUUAUAGACCUAUAACCUACAGCUUUGAAAGUCUGUCAAAUAUCUGCAGUUGUCCCCAAAAGACUCUGAGCCUUGUGAUUAGAAAUGUGAUUUCAACACAACCUGCAGCCAUGUACAGUCUGCUUAUUUCUUUCAACUGUAAGGGAUUGUUCACACAGGCCCUAAUUUUGAAAAGAAGGGUGUUGUAUUUUUACAAAGGUAUGCAGUGGAACCGCCCGUUUGAUGUUUUUUCAUGACGGAAAGAAUUUCCAUUUUGUAUUGAUGUUUUUUAUUAUUAUUUAUUUAUAUAUUUUCCUACCACAUGCACACAGUGUUACUGAUGCUGUGGUUCUUAUCUUUGAGACCACCAACGCUAAGUAUUGCUUGAGUAUUGCUAUAAUUCAGUGUGAUUUUACAUAUAUAUUUUAUGAAUAAAAUGUUAUUAAAUAAGA